UGGACGUAUGUGCGUGUGUCACGACGUAACAUUUUUGCGCGCCAAAUAUCGGUGAACGUAAUAUUUUUUAACUGAUUAUGUUUUAAAGUUCUUAAAUAUGUUAUUGCGUAAUUUUUAGCUCUUAUUCUAUUCUUUAUAUUAAUUUUAAGUCGAGAUAAAAUAAUUAUUGACAUGGUUAUAAAAAGUUUCAAGGCAGUGCGAUAUUUAAGUAUUUAGGCAUUGGGCCAAACUUUAGAUAAACAUUACGUUUGAUGCAUUUAGUGACAAAGUUUAAAGUUUAUAAACAACAAAACACGACGUUCGAAAUUUUAUAAGGUGUUUUAUAAAGAAAUAAAAAAUAAAAAUAUAACUCUUGGCUAUUUUUAACAUGGUUGCGAAUGAAAGUGAAAGUUUUUAUAACUCUAAAAGGGUGAAUUAUUUUGUGUGAUGUAACAAAUUUAUUUCGUGGUGCGUUUAACAUUAAUUAUGAGUGUUGAAUCAUCGAAGCCAAUUCGUAGUGAUGCGGGUGAACCGGAGCCACAAGACACAACAAUUAGGAGUCCAUCAAUAAGGGUCACUGCGCCGAAGAAAUCUUUGGCACUGAGAUUAUGGGUGCUGUUGCAACCGCUGGCAAGAUUAUGGGGCCUUAUUACUGCUGUUGUUCUGAGUGGUGCCGGAGCAGAACUAAUGGUGCUUGGGUACGAAGUUGCGCCGGGCUUCUUAGUUGGCGCGGCUCUCGUGUUCCUGUUGGAGACGAUGUGGGUGGCCGCGCUGUUCGUGGACCUGCUGUGCAGACGCGGGCAGUACACGCUGUCUCUGCGCUGCUGGGACUUCGCGAGGUGGUCGUGUGGACGUGCGCGUGCGCCGUUCUACGCAUGCGCUGCGACCGCUAUCUUGUUUGCUAAUCUGACAAUACUUGCUGCCGUUGCAGGUGGCUUACUACUAGUGUUGGCUGCAUUACGGGCUGCGGCGCCAUUCUCUCCAUUCGCGACACAUGGGCCGCAUCACGCGCGCGCCGGCAGCUCCUUGCUCAGCCAGCACGACUCCCCAAUACCUGACGUUUUCUAUAACGCCGCGCAUUCUGCUGAUGACAGAUGUGAAGAAAUGACAGUUCUCGACAUAAAGACACCGGAGAAAUCACGAUCGACAACACCAAAGCAGUCUCUUCUUGAGAUCUGAUUUAUCAAGUGUAUUUUUCUCAUUUCGUUUUUAGCUACUACGCGUGCAGAAUAACAUGACACUCAGACAUAUUCGAUGUUUGAUUGAGAUGAUUGGAUCUUACGUUUAACUUCCCGCGGACUCUCUUGAUCCUUCAGUGACGUCAUUGGAUGAGGUGAACUGUUAUUGCGCACGUGUUAUUUAAUAUUAAUUAUAAAGUAAUGUUACAGAAAAACUGCGGCAAAAUGUACGAUUUAUUCAUUUUUCUAUACUAGUUGUAUUAAUUUUAUAUU